AAGAGGAGACGAACUACAUGUCUAAAGGAGGCAAGAUCCCCAUCAAGUGGACUGCUCCUGAGGUAACGAUCAAUAAUCUAAUCCAAACCUCAAAGCACAGUCGUUUCUCCCUGCAGGCAAUCCACUACAAGAAGUACUCGACAGCCAGUGACGUGUGGAGCUAUGGAAUGGUCAUGUAUGAGAUAUGGAGCCUUGGACAGAAACCCUUCUCUGACUUCACUAAUGCUCAGGUAUUACUAGACGGUGAGUCUACUGGAGAGGUCAUUCUGUCUCCCUCCUCCUCCCGGUACACCUCAUGAGAUCUACUCUCUCAUGGUCCAGUGCUGGCACCCCGACAAGUCAUGUCGUCCAUCGUUCCCGUCUCUCUCCCGCCACCUCGGUCUCCCUGUCUCCCAACUACUCCACUGGAGUACAGAGGAGGUCACUGGGGUGGGGCCUCAGGGCUAUAAUGCUAGGGGCUCCCCUCAAGACUGGCCACAAGCUUCACAUGACUCUGCAGAACACUUACCGCACACAGCCAUAGUCAGACUCUAUAUUAUUUCAUAGUUGAACAUGGUGUCUGUGUGGCUUUUCCAUAACAAGUGAGACCGAAUA